GCAUUUCAUUUCCAAUUACCGAAACAAGAUUUGAGGUUCCCAAUCGUCUGGGCAAAUUUCUCCACACCCCUUUAUCCAUAGCCACAAGCUCUCAAGAAAACUCACAACUGCUUGAAAAACCCAUCUUCCUGACAGCUGAAAUGACUGCAGCAACAAUGGCUACUACAGGAUUUUCUUUUGGACUGAAAACUUUUUCUCCACGGAGAGAAAAACGAACAGCUGCAGUUGCCUUUACCUUCACGCCGUUCAUCAAGAAACAAGCCUCAUCUCUCAACCUCAGUUCCUCGCACUCUAUUUCUGGGCUUCGUCCUCUUGUUCUCAGCAAAACCCUCACUGCUACCGGCCCUGUUCAGAGGAAUUCAUUGCCGCUGACGGUAGUAUGUGCAAAGGGCUACAAGAUGAAGACCCACAAGGCUUCUGCUAAGCGGUUUCGGGUCUCGGGAAGUGGGAAGAUAAUGAGGAGAAGAGCAGGGAAGCAGCAUUUGCUGAGGAAAAAGAAUACUAAGAGGAGAUUGAGACUCUCUAAAAUGGUGCAAGUUGACCGGAGCGACUAUAACAACGUGAUAGGUGCCUUGCCAUAUUUGAAAGUAAACCGGUCGAACUAAAGGUAGAUUCACUUGUCAAGUGCUAAUGUGUAGAGCUCGUCGUUUCAUUGCAAAGGUCCUUGUAGCGUACCAAAAGAGCCCAUCAACUUUGUUCAUCAUAUGAUUCAUUUUUUGCAUCCAUUUCGCCAUUUUAUCUUCCAAAUGCAUAUCUGUUACGAGCGCUACCUUUUAGCUGCUUGAGCUUUAUCAUUCAAUGAAGAUAUUUUGUUCUCUGCAA